AUGGUCGCCUCUCCUCCCAAGGGCAUCUACGUGCCUGUCCCUACCUUUUUCGCCUCCAAAACGGCCGCCAACUACAAUGCCACCGCCGCCCCCGUCGACGUCGCCACGCAGGCCGCCCACGCCGUCUACCUGGCCCGCGCUGGUAUCCGUGGCCUCGUAAUCCUGGGCUCGACCGGCGAGGCAGUGCACAUCACCAACGCUGAGCGCUUUGAGAUCCUGUCGGGCGUGCGCGCCGAGCUGGAUAAGGCCGGCUUCACCGACUAUCCCAUCGUUGCCGGCACCGCCACCCAGAGCAUCGAGGAGACGGUCUCUCAGUUGCGCGAGGCCCACAAAGCCGGUGCCCAGUGGGGCAUGGUGCUGGCUCCGGGCUACUUCGCCAGCGCUGUGUCGCAGGCCGGAGUCAUUGCAUGGUUCGAGGCCGUGGCUGACCAGAGUCCAAUCCCUAUCCUUGUGUACCACUACCCUGGCGUUUCCAACAACAUCGCCAUCGCACCGGAGACGAUGAUUAAGCUGGCGCAGCACCCUAACAUCGUCGGCUGCAAGCUGUCCCACGGCAACCUCGACGACCUUGGGCUCAUCGCCCUGUCACCCAACGUCGACCACGGCAAAUUCCGCACCUUCAGCGGGCUGGGCCAGGUGCUGCUGCCGGUGCUCACGCUCAACGGCGCGGGCGUCAUCGACGGACUGUCGUCCAUGUUCCCCAAGACGGUGGUACGCAUCUUCGACCUGUUCGAGAAGAACUCGCUGGGGGCGCUGGAAGAGCUGCGGACUCUGCAGCGCAAGGUAGCUGCAGGCGAGAAGAUGGUGGGCAAAUGGGGCGUUAUCGGCGUCAAGGAGGGCAUCUCGCGGCUGAGAGGCUUCGGUGACAGCGAUGGCGGCAGGGUCCCGCUGCAAGGCGGUUUUGGCGACGCCGAGUGGGCGAAGUGGAAGGAUGCGCUUGAUGAAUUGGAGGCCGUUGAGAGGUCGCUGUGA